AUGACAUCCAAACGAAAGGCUUCCGCUAUGAAUGCGGCGGCUACUGAAGAGCCAGUAGACCCAUCGGACGAGCUCAUGUUUCUUUGUCUUGGAGGAGGAAACGAGGUCGGAAGGUCAUGUCACAUUAUUCAGUACAAGGGAAAGACAGUCAUGCUUGACGCCGGUCAGCAUCCUGCCUACGAUGGACUCGCCGCGCUGCCUUUCUACGACGAUUUCGACUUGAGCACUGUCGAUGUACUCCUCAUUAGCCAUUUCCAUAUCGACCAUGCGGCGUCUCUGCCAUACGUCCUUGCGAAGACUAACUUCAGGGGUCGCGUCUUUAUGACACACCCUACCAAAGCUAUCUACAAGUGGCUUAUCCAGGACAGUGUUCGAGUCGGCAACACUUCGUCAAAUCCAACUACACAACCUGUUUAUACUGAACAAGACCAUCUGAACACAUUCCCUCAGAUUGAGGCCAUCGACUACUACACUACCCACACCAUCUCCUCCAUUAGAAUCACUCCUUACCCAGCCGGUCAUGUCCUCGGUGCCGCCAUGUUCCUCAUUGAGAUUGCUGGUCUCAACAUCUUCUUCACAGGUGACUACUCGCGGGAACAAGAUCGACAUCUUGUUUCAGCAGAAGUUCCUAAGGGAGUCAAGAUCGAUGUUCUUAUCACCGAGUCUACGUACGGUAUUGCCUCUCAUGUACCUCGCUUGGAAAGAGAACAGGCCCUCAUGAAGUCGAUCACAAGUAUUCUUAACAGAGGUGGCCGAGUCCUCAUGCCAGUCUUUGCCCUGGGACGAGCUCAAGAACUGCUACUGAUCCUUGACGAGUAUUGGGGGAAGCAUGCCGAUUUCCAAAAGUACCCUAUCUAUUAUGCCAGUAACCUCGCAAGGAAGUGUAUGCUCAUUUACCAAACAUACGUUGGUGCCAUGAACGAUAACAUCAAACGGCUAUUCCGUGAGCGCAUGGCAGAGGCUGAAGCAUCUGGAGAUGGCGCAGGCAAAGGCGGACCAUGGGAUUUCAAGUACAUCCGUUCGCUCAAGAACCUGGACAGAUUCGACGACGUAGGCGGCUGUGUCAUGCUUGCGAGUCCUGGUAUGCUUCAGAACGGCGUCAGUCGUGAACUACUAGAAAGGUGGGCGCCUAGUGAGAAGAAUGGCGUUAUUAUUACCGGUUACAGUGUCGAAGGCACCAUGGCCAAGCAGAUUAUGCAGGAGCCCGACCAGAUCCAGGCUGUCAUGUCUCGCAGUAUGGCUGGUGCUCGUCGGCCUGGUGGUGAUGGCGAGAAGGUCCUUAUUCCUCGAAGAUGCAGUGUCCAAGAGUACUCCUUCGCAGCCCACGUUGAUGGUGUCGAAAACCGUGAAUUCAUCGAAGAGGUUCAAGCACCUGUUGUUAUUCUUGUUCACGGAGAGCAACACAACAUGAUGCGUCUCAAGUCCAAACUCCUCUCCCUCAACGCGAACAAAACCACAAAAGUCAAGGUCUUCUCUCCUCGCAACUGCGAGGAACUGCGCAUUCCUUUCAAAGCGGACAAGACCGCCAAGGUCGUUGGAAAGCUUGCUUCUAUUCAGCCUCCACAGAGCAUGCACCCUGACCAAGCCGCUACUCCUCCCCUUGUUACUGGUGUGCUCGUGCAGAAUGAUUUCAAACUUUCCCUCAUGGCACCUGAGGAUCUUCGCGAGUAUGCGGGUCUUAACACUACCACUCUGACCUGUAAGCAGCGCCUCACUCUCAGUGCUGCAGGUGUCGACCUUGUCAAGUGGGCCCUUGAGGGUACCUUUGGUAAUAUUGAGGAGCUUCCCGAGAUGCGUCGUGGAAAGAACGGUCAGAAUGGCCACGCUGAUAAGAUGAUCACGGAUGGCGAGGAAACGAAGCAAGAGGAAGCAGAUGAAGAGGUUGCUAGCCUUGUUGCGGCUUACCUAGUCAUGGGCUGUGUUUCGGUCCGAUACCGAACAAAUGGUGAAGUUGAGGUUGAAUGGGAGGGUAACAUGCUCAACGACGGCAUUGCCGACUCCGUCAUGGCAGUCCUCUUCUCCGUUGAAAGCUCUCCAGCCGCCGUCAAGCGUUCGUCUGCUAAGCACUCGCACUCGCACGAUCUCCCUGACGUGAACCCUCACCAUUCCGCAUCCCCCGAGGAAAGACUCGAACGUCUCCUGUGGUUCCUUGAGGCUCAGUUCGGUCAAGACAACGUCGCCCCUGUCACAACUCCCAAGUUACCUCCCUUGGAAGAGGCAGACGACAAGAUCAAGAAGGACGGCGAAGACGAGGAUGCUAUGAAAACUGAGGAGGAUGGCGAGGAUGCGCAACUCCAGGAGAGACAGCAAAAGGAGAUUGAGCGUCUGCACAAGAUUGGUAUCCCGGUUCCUGGCGUGUCGAUCAAGGUGGACAAGAUGUCUGCUACAGUUUGGCUGGAGGAUCUAGAGGUUGAGUCAAGUCACAAAGCUUUCGCCGAUCGGGUGAGAGCUGUCGUGGAAAGGGCUGCGGAGGUGACAGCACCUCUUUGGGGUUAA